CAAUGGACUAUUGGCACCUCAGGGCAAAUCCAUUCUCACACCUCAUUUCUAAAAGGUCUCAUUUUCCAAAUUAAUCUUGACUUCAUUCCACAUGAAGUGCGGCCAGUAUUGACUUUCGACUAACCUCCAGCCUAUUCAUUGGCCAUUUACUGGGAUCUUAGAUGUAAUUUAAAGUGUAAUACCCUCUUGAGGUGAACUAAAAUGGAUGUUGGGAGUUGGCUUCCAACUGCAGGAGAUGGGACCGCGAAUUUCACCCCGGCCCACCUCCUGCUGGAUACCCAUAACGGGUCAGGUCCAACACCUACACGGUUGGAUAACGGCCAGGAGCGCUCCAUCACAGAUCAAGCCUAUCGGAACUUCACCACAACCAUCCAGGUGCUCAUCCUCAUAGGAUCCCUGUUGGGCAAUGCCACUGUUCUAUGGUGUACAUGCUGUACCAAUGUCUUCAAGUCGGUGACCAGUCGCUUCAUUAAGAACCUGGCGUGCUCAGGCAUCUGUGCGGGUCUGGUGUGUGUUCCCUUUGACGUGGCUCUAGGGGCCAGCCCUCGCUGCUGCUGGUGGCUACACACUCUGCUGCUCUGCAAGGCCCUGAAGUUCCUCCACAAACUCUUCUGUUCCGUCACCGUGCUCAGCUUCUCCGCUAUCGCUCUCGACAGGUACUACUCUGUCCUCUACCCUCUGGAGAGGAAGAUCUCAGACGCCAGAUCACGUGACCUGGUUAUCUACAUCUGGAUCCACGCCACCCUCGCCAGCGUGCCUGUGUUCGCCGUCACCAACGUUACCGAUGUGUACGCCACCUUGUCAUGCUCCGACGCCCGCGCCCGCUCCUUGGGUCACAUGGUCUACGUGGUGAUAUACAACGUAACCACGGUGAUCCUCCCACUGGCGGUUGUCUUCUUGUUCAUGGUUCUGAUUCGCCGAGCCCUUAGCGCCAGCCAGAAGAAGAAGGUGAUUAUUGCAGCGUUGAGAACCCCUCAGAACUCCAUCUCUAUUCCGUACGUGUCGCAGCGCGAGGCUGAGCUACAUGCUACAUUACUAGCUGUCGUUUUAGCCUUCUCGGCCUGUAGCGCCCCCUAUGGGGCGUUGGUGGUAUACCGCACUCUUCUCGGGGACGGUGAGGAAUUGUCUCCUUCUCUCUACCUCACAGCCAUCUGGCUGCCCAAGGUGUCUCUCCUCACCAACCCUCUGCUGUUUCUGACGGUGAACCGCACGGCCAGGCAGUGCCUGUUGGAUGUUUUAGCCCGGGUCCACAGACGCUACAGCCGGCGUAACGUAGUCAGCACUGGGGAUCUGGGGUUAGGGGGCGAGGGAGGGCUGGAGGGCUCGGCUCAGGCCGGGAGCCAGCUCCUGGAGAUGUUUAAUAUUGGACAGCAGCAGAUCUUUAGGCCGACCGAUGAAGAGGACGAGGAGGAGGUAGAGAAUGAGAUACCUUCAUUAGGGUCAGGAGGUGGUGGGGGUUGUUUGCAACCCAAAGAGAACCACCUGGGAGGGGGUAGACUAGGGGGACACGAAGGUAAGAUGGUUCUACAGAAAGAGACCCAACCAAUCAGAGAGAGUGUUCUUGUGACUAAAGAACCUCCUCUCAUAUUGCCAAAAGUCGCCCCUGUCCACGCCUGCUCUUACACCUCCUCAUCACAGGUGGCGCCAGCGACCCCCACGGAGCCCGACAACGCCACCCAGUUUGGGUUCGGCCCAUUCGAGCUGCCGCCCCAGUGGCUGCCGGAGACCAGGAACAGUAAAAAGAGGCUCCUCCCACCGCUGGGGAACACCCCAGAGGAACUGAUCCAGACCAAACAGCCACGCCCACGGCCAGAACGACGAAUCAGCAGGAACAACAAGGUCAGCAACUUUCCCGUUGUCGACCCUUAAACUACCCUGUCCGUUGACCUUUGAACCUAUGAUCCCUGAGAUCAGCCAGAGGAGUAUUCCACUGACGGAGCGUAAUGAGAACAGCAAUACACCUUUUCCUUUUUCUAUCAAGUUCUUUGAUACAUUUUAGGUCAAUGACUGGAUACAAAAUAAAUGGAGGAAAUCUGACCAACAACCUGACCAGUCACCUGACCAACCACCUGACCAACCACCUGACCAACAACCUGACCAGUCACCUGACCAACCACCUGACCAACCACCUGACCAAGCACCUGACCAAGCACCUGACCAACCACCUGACCAGUCACCUGACCAACCACCUGACCAACCACCUGACCAACCACCUGACCAACCACCUGACCAACCACCUGACCAACCACCUGACCAGUCACCUGACCAACCACCUGACCAACCACCUGACCAGUCACCUGACCAGUCACCUGACCAACCACCUGACCAACCACCUGACCAGUCACCUGACCAGUCACCUGACCAGUCACCUGACCAACCACCUGACCAACCACCUGACCAGUCACCUGACCAACAACCUGACCAGUCACCUGACCAACCACCUGUAAGAGAAAGCAGGGAUCGACAACUCCAGAGCUCGAUGAGUCUGUCUCAUUGAUGAUUCUCCCUGUUGUGUAAUGGAUACAUUUUAUGUCAAUAACUGGUGAGAUUUUAGAAAGUCCACACCGAACACCAAACAGCCCAAGUCUAAAGACCAAAGUCACGUUUUUCUGAAGACAUGGAUUUUUACCCCAAUGUCCUUAGUUUCAAUGUUCUCUCUUUUUUUCUUGUUCUAUCUUUCCAAUAAAUAUUUUCACUUGAUUUGUACUGUUACUACUAGCAGAGCAGAUAAAACAUUUUCAACUGAUUUCUACUGGUACUGCUAGCAGAGCAGAUAAAUCCUUUUCAACUGAUUUCUACUGGUACUGCUAGCAGAGCAGAUAAAACCAUUUCAACUGAUUUCUACUGGUACUGCUAGCAGAGCAGAUAAAACCUUUUCAACUGAUUUCUACUGGUACAGCUAGCAGAGCAUUUUCAACAUCUCUGUUUUAUUCAACAUAAUUAGUACAACCAAUUUAAUCUCGUUGAUUUUGAUGAGUUUGGCAAUUAUGUAUUGAACAUACAGUACAUGCAUUGGAUUGCUGCAAUGCCACAUUUACAUUGUGAUUGACAUGGAGAAUUGAGUCACACAAACACUGGAUGAAUCUUAGAUUCUGGGUGAGUCAUUAAAGCUAAAUAAGAGUAUUUCUCAAGGUGUUUUUUCCAUGAACAAAACAUCUUCUGACAUGAUUAAACUGUCAUCAUCAAGUCUUAAAUAAUGAAUGAGUUUCUGUAUCAAACCUUUCACUUGUCUCCAUAGCGAUGUUAUUUUCUCUUGUUGUUUUUCAUCAAAAGGAACCAGCAAUAUUUCAUUUUGAGAAAUCUAUAAAGCCUUGAGCUGUAGCUGUCCCUAUGUGGGCUUCAUUUUUUAUUCCAUAUUAUUUUGAGUUUAUUUUCUAUGGUAGAACAUGUCUCUUCAGAUGUAUUGAAAACCAUUCCUUUCCAACGCCAAUCCUUUGUAGCACAGACAGUGACUGGAACAUUCAAUGAAAUGAAUGACAUGAUAAGUGCAAUUGUACAGUUUGCAAAUAUAUAGUAUAAAAUAACUUUGGAUUAACUGAGUUUAUAUGAUCCUCAUGUUAUGUUCAUAUUCCAUUAUGAUGCUCUUCGAAAACCGUGUUACUCAACCUCAGAUUCCUGGACCGGGCCCGGUCCGUGGGAUAUUGCUUUAUGGUACCCUGAGAUGUUCGAGUGCUAGUUUUGAUGUAAGCGGCACCCCAGGUACCCUGAGAUGUUCGAGUGCUAGUUUUGAUGGAAGCAGCACCCCAGGUACCCUGAGAUGUUUGAGUGCUAGUUUUGAUGGAAGCGGCACCCCAGGUACCCUGAGAUGUUCGAGUGCUAGUUUUGAUGGAAGCAGCACCCCAGGUACCCUGAGAUGUUCGAGAGCUAGUUUUGAUGGAAGCAGCACCCCAGGUACCCUGAGAUGUUCGAGUGCUAGUUUUGAUGGAAGCAGCACCCCAGGUACCCUGAGAUGUUCGAGUGCUAGUUUUGAUGGAAGCAGCACCCCAGGUACCCUGAGAUGUUUGAGUGCUAGUUUUGAUGGAAGCGGCACCCCAGGUACCCUGAGAUGUUCGAGUGCUAGUUUUGAUGGAAGCGGCACCCCAGGUACCCUGAGAUGUUCGAGUGCUAGUUUUGAUGUAAGCGGCACCCCAGGAGGAUAAAAAUAUUGUUUGCCAGUCCUAGCCUGGUCUCAGAUAUCUUUCUGCUUCAACCAACACCAUCUCUCAAAACAAUGAGUGACAAGGACUUGUUGGCAUUUUUAGCAAAAACAGACUGGUACACAGUCCCUGUUAAAAAACAGAUUGAGAAACACUCAUCUAUAAAAAAGGGCCGUCGGUAGUAGAUGGUCAGUCCAAAAUGUCAACUUAUGUCCUAUAUAGUGCACUGCUUUUUACCAGAGCACUAUGGGCCCUGGUUAAAAGUAGUGCACUAUAAAGGGAAUAGGGUGCCAUAGGGCUCUGGUUAAAAGUAGUGCACUAUAAAGGGCAUAGGGUGCCAUUUAGGACACAACCCUUGAAGAGAGCUUGAAGUGACUAAUUGAGGGAGAAAGGGUUCUGUGUGAUUAGUUCUCCUACAAAAAAAACCUCAAUGGAUCAAUCCUAUUGACGCUGCAGAUCAAUACCCAGACUGCUCCAUUUACGACGCACUGAGUGGUAUAAUUAAGCAAUAAGGCACGAGGUUUUGCAAUAUGCGGCCAAUAUACCACGGCUAAAGGCUGUUCUUAUUCACCAUGCAAGGCGGCGUGCCUGGACACAGCCCUUAGCCGUGGUAUAUUGGCCAUAUACCACAAACCCCCGAGGUACCUUAUUGCUGUUAUAAACUGGUUACCAACGUAAUUAGAGCAGUAAAAAUAAAUGUUUUGUCAUACCUGUGGUAUACAGUCUGAUAUACCACGACUUUUAGCCUAUCAGCAUUUAGGGCUCGAACCACCCGGUUUAUAAUUAAUAAUGAACCUCUGAUAAAUUAGAAAUUAAUAUUUGCCUAAUGAAAGUAUUUUGCUUAGUAGAUAAUGUCAGAAUUCAUUUAUAACUCUUAUAUAAAGCUAUUUUAUUCAAACGUUCAAACCACAAGGUUUACAAAGAUCGUGUCUAAAUGAUGUAGUUUGUCGUUUGUUUCGAUUGUUCUUUUUUUCCUGAUGAUGGUCACGGACAGGUUUACACUGAGUGUACAAAACAUUAGGAACACCUUCCUAAUAUUGAGUUGCACCCCCUUUUUGCCCACAGAACAGCCUCAAUUCAUCGGGGUCAGGGACUCUACAAGGUGUGGAAAGCGUUCCACAGGGAUGCUGGCCCCAUGGUGACUCCAAUGGUUCCCACAGUUGUAUCAAUUUUGCCGGAUGUUCUUUGGGUGGUGAACCAUUCUUGAUACACACAGGACACUGUUGAGCCUGAAAUACUCAGCAGCGUUGCUGUUCUUGACACACUCAAACCGAUGCGCCUGGCACCUACUACCAUACUCAGUACAAAGGCACUUAAACAUUUUGUCUUGCCCUUUCUCCCUCUGAAUGAUACACAUACACAAUCCAUGUCUCAAUUGUCUCAAGGCUUAAAAAUCCUUCUUUAACCCUGUCUCCUCCCCUUCAUCUUUAACCUGUCUCCUCCCCUUCAUCUUUAACCCUGUCUCCUCCCCUUCAUCUUUAACCCUGUCUCCUCCCCUUCAUCUUUAACCCUGUCUCCUCCCCUUCAUUUUUAACCCUGUCUCCUCCCCUUCAUCUUUAACCCUGUCUCCUCCCCUUCAUCUUUAA